AUGACAUUAACUGAUUCCAUUAUUGCCGCUCUCACCGAUAUUCGGCACUUUUUUGCGCCAUUGUUCAAAUCGCUAAUCGAAUUGCUUCUUCAACCUACCGAGAAGAGUGUGGAUGUAAAAGUUAGCCUCUAUAAGACACUUCGUUUGAUUUUAAGGGCAGUUUUUGAGAAUAACAGCGCGGAGAUUGCGUUUGAAGCAGAAGACUGGCUUCUCGAUGGCCACGCUACUUCAUCUUCGUCUUCAGACGAAAUUGUCAACAUUGUCGAAACAAUGGCGUUUGAUAUUGGCCGCCACAUAUCUUCAAACAUCUCGGAUUUGCCGAAACAUCGAAAAGCCACCGCUAUUCUUUUGGCUAAUGAUCUUCUACAUGAAGAUCUCAAAGGCUCUAAAAAACUGGCUGCUUGUCUGUCGCAGAGUGGAGUGUGUAGAGUUCUUUGUGAGGAAUUAUUAUCGAUUGAAUUUGAUUGGAAUGUGAUUGCUUCGCCUUCUGGAGCCGCGAUAGUCACUAGGGUUGAGCAAUGUGCGCAAUCGCACCUUCUUACAUCGAUUUUGACUGUUUUCACUCGACUGGCUUCUUCGGAGCAAGGGUGGACGGCUUUAUCAGAGCUUGCUGUUACUGAGAUCAUAGCUGAGAUGUACGUAUUCACUGAACCUCCAAAGGAAGUGUUCCUGAAACCGGAAACCGUCAAAAUAAAAGGGACGCCAGCAUACGCUUUUGCCAACACUUUGGAUUUGGCACUUCACCUUUGCAAGCAACUGUGCUCAAAGGCCAAAUGGAAAAAGCUAACCCUCAGAAUUCUGGCGCUCAUACAAUCGUUCGGCGAAAUUUUCCAGCAAUUGGUACGCGCUGGAGUUGCGUGUAAUUGUCUAGAAACCGCUAGGGCGAUUGUGUACGAAGUUUCAGUUAAUGAUGAAAGCAUAAUCGAUGCGAUCGACGGCGACAAUGUUCUCCGCCAGUUGCGUGUCUCCGCAAGUGAAGGACUCGUAUCGAAAAAGCCGAAAUCAGCUCAGAUCAAUGCAAACUCGUCGUUCGCCGCUCCUCGUCAGUUGUUCUCAACGCUUCUACCGGUCUGA